AUGCAUGAACCUGCCCUCAAUUGCCAGUUGGAGAAUGAACGGAUCAAAGUCGCUGCACGAGAUGAGGAGCUGUCGUUCUUGAAGAAGGCUACUCCCGCGGUGGUGACAGAUGAGGAAGGAGGCGAGUUGAUCAUCAACACUCUGUUGAGAAAAAUCGAACAACUCAAGAAGGAGAAGGAGUCAUUGAUUGUGUCCUUGGAACAAGAGGAAGAGCACAUCAGCAACGGCCUUCUAGUUAAACUGGAAAAGGUGAAGAAGGAGAAGAUUGAAAUGGAGAAUCUGCUGGAACAAGAGCAGGAGUUCAUUGUCAAUCGGUUGCAGAAGCAGAUCGAGGCCAAGCAGCGAGUGAGCAACAAUCUGGAACUGCAGAUCCAGCAGAUGCGCAAAGAAAAGGGCGAUAUGGAGAAUGCUCUCGAACAGGAAGCGGAGUUCAUGGUCAAUCGCCUGCAAAAGAAACUGGAAAAUAUGGAGCAGGAGAGAACGGAACUGAAGAAGCAAUUGUCGCAGGGCUCAUCCACCACCAGUCUCAACAACCUGGCGGGUUCUGCUUCGGGAUUUUCCUCGGACGGGUUCACGAGUGGAGAUGUGAAUGAAGAAGUGAAGCGACUGCGCCAGGCACUGCUGGACAAUGAGGAGCAGCAGAAAAAGCAUCUGGCUGAGUACGAGGCCGAACGACACAAACUGCAGUGCGACAAUACUCAUCUGCAGCAAUUAUUAGAACGUGAGAAGGAACAGGUGGGUACACUAUCUCGCAAUAUGACUCGGCUGGAGUUGGAGAUGGAGCAGGAAGAGGAGAAGCAGUUCAACCUGCUCACAUCGCCAACCAAUGUGCGCAAGCAAUUGGGCAACGGUGCGCAACUGCCGUCGCACAAGGGCUCUCUGGGCGAAGUGCCAGCGCCUCGUCUGCUGCGCAUUAACUCCACUGGACAGCCAGGGCCAACAGACAGAAUUCGCACCCGCAGCAUGAGUGAGGACAUGCCCCUGCAGAUCAUGCAGCCCGGCACCAAAUGGUGGGCGCACCGCAGUGGCAGCACAAGCUCUGCCAACGUCUCCGCAAAUGAGCUGCAGCUGCCCGUCGACUCCUCUACGCCCAAUGCCGCUGGCUCCACCGAUACUCCUCAAUCCUCGUGAGAGUAGAGAGCUACAUCCUAAACAUGGAGCGCCGUUUAUAUCCGCUGGUUGUCGUACAACCUUGCGAUGUUUCCUUUCUUGAUGAGCCGAGAGUUAGAUCUGCUGAGAUAGACUUAUACGCACGGCCCCUAGUGGACCCGGCAGUGUGCUACGGAGUGUGCUAUCGUAUUUUGCCUCUGCGUUGAAUCCUCCCGUCCUGAAGUGCAUGUACUACCGCGUUCUCUGUAGUUCGACGGUAUGUAGUGGCCGAGCAGGUGAGCAUGGACCUCCUCGGGAAAAAAAAAGUUUCUACUACUAAGUGCUUUCGGUCAUCGUCAUCGUUAACUUAGGAUUGUAUGCAGAGAACCACCUACUGUGCUUCAUCCAGUUGUUACCUAUCGGCACAAGUUGAAGUAUCUUCCGUAUUAUGGCUCUGUGAUGAUCUCAAGGUGCGCGCAAUCGCUACAGCACGCUCGCACGAGUUCCGGAGAGAUGACGCUCCGUGUAAUGUGUACAGUUGCAGUAGGUACACCCAAUUCUGAACUCUCGAUCACCUACGGCUUUCUUAGAAUUCACGGCACACAUGUUGUCUGUGCUGCAACUAUUGCCUGCGGAGACUUUCGGAUCGAUCGUAUUGUCGUAAAUCAAUGUCAUAUAUAUACGUAUUUUGCUGCAUAUAUAGAAAAUUGCGGAUAGUGCGUUUGAAACUGAAGAACAUUUGUUGACCCUCUGAUCGGGGGUCAGGUCCAGUUUGAGUGCGUGUGAGUAUAGAGGUAGCCAUCACAAAUCUUGCAGAAAAUAUGCUUGCUUAUGUCGUCAAUGUGCUAUUUGCAGGAGACGGUAUCGCUGGGUAGCUUUGAUUACAACACAUGUAUGUCCCGAUACUUGCGGACUGGAUGUCUGUUUUUUUUCAUGUGAUCACAGCUCACUGAUUCGUGUUACCAAAUCGCAAUCGAAUAAAGCCAAGGAAUCAUUGCAACAUGGUUGUUUACAUUCAUUGCAGAAGAGCCGUGUACGCGAA